AUACAAAAAGUGCAAUUUUGUAUAGUUAUUUUAAUAUUUGCACAUCUUUCAGAGCAAAACCUUUAGGAACCUCCUUUGUGCCACAUUUUUAUCCUGUCAUAUAGAACAUUGGUGCCAAGCCCUUCUUCAGUCAAGAAUGCAAAGUCCUGAGGUUCCAGGAAGACUUCUACAGUUAUCCCAUUAAGGGGUUAUCUCUCCUUUUGGCUUAAAGAUUAGGGCAGAAUUUGCGUCAGGUUUCAGUCAGACUUCAGAGGUGCUGGUGCCACAGUCUUUGCCAGAGACAGGUUCCCUGCCAGAUUUUUGCAGGAUUCGUGACAAAGGUGUCUGCUGGUUUCGUGAGGAAAAAAUCACAAUCCUUUAAAGGAAUAAUGGGUUCUCACGGCUCAAGCCUGGAUGAUAUCCUGGAGGAGGACAUGCACCACUGGUACACAAAAUUCAUGAGGGAAUCUCCAUCAGGACUCAUCACACUGUUUGAGCUUAAGACAAUGCUUGAAAUGAACGGUAUGACAGAGGAGGCCAGCAGUUAUGUAGACCAAGUCUUCUUCACCUUCGACAUGGAUGGGGAUGGAUAUAUAGAUUUUGUUGAAUACAUUGCAGCUAUAAGUUUAUUACUGAAAGGAGAAAUAAAUCAGAAAUUAAAGUGGUACUUCAAGCUUUUUGAUCAAGAUGGAAAUGGGAAAAUUGACAAGGAUGAACUGGAGACUAUAUUUAAGGCUAUUCAAGAUAUCACUAGAAGUUAUGACGUCCCUCCAGACGAGAUUGUGACUCUCAUUUAUGAGAAAAUUGAUGUCAAUGGAGAAGGUGAACUGACACUGGAGGAGUUCAUAAGUGGAGCAAGGGAGCAUCCUGAUAUCAUGGAAAUGCUCACUAAGAUGAUGGAUCUUACCCACGUCCUAGAAAUCAUCAUCAACGGUCAACAGACAAAAGCUGCGAGCUGAGUUGGGACUCAAUAAACAGGAUUACACUGAGGAUUGAGCGUUGAGUAAAAGACUGUACUGGAAACAAUUAAGUCCGAACUGACUGACUGCACCCUUUCCUCCUCUGCUAGCAUUCUGACAUUUACUGUACAGGUUUGUGUAUGUUCAAAAUCAUUUUGCAAGACAUUUGUUUGGUAUAUUUCAGUGAAUGGAGGCAAAUAAUCUCCAAGGUUCUCAUUAUGGUUCCAGGUGGUGCAAAACAGGGUGAAAAAGUCAUU